ACAAAAUUAAAUGAGACUAAUCUUUUAACUUGAUCAUUCAUGUAUAGAGGAAAAUAAAUCAUACGUCUGAGUGGCAAAAAAUAUGUGAAUAUUUGCUUCCAAUUUGUAACAACAAGACCCCCUUGGGAAUAUCUCAAACUAUAUAUUUUUGUUAACUCGUGAUCAGUUUAUAGUUGAUCAAUUCUUUUAAACAGUCUGGACCACUUCAGCUCACAGAUGAUAUUGGGUUUUCUCUCAUGAACUUCUUAUUUCAAGUCAUUUUACAGGAUUUCUGUCAGAUUGGAGUCAGGACUUACUAAACAUCUGCUUCUGUGAAUCCUCUGUGAUUCUUUAAUAGGAACCCUGGCUCAAAUGCAGCAAAACAUGUUGAAAUCAUGAUACUUCUUCCACCGUGCUUCACAAAUGGGAUUUCCAGCUUGUCUACAUUAACCGCCCGUGGAUGGGAGGAGUGUUGCCAUCCACAUUACUGUUGUUGACGUUCUCCUGAGAGAGGAGUCAAGACAUUUACAAGAACAACAUGGUCCACCUGGUGGGUUCCCUCCGCAGAGAGCUGGCCGACUCCCUGUCCGCCUGCAAGGUCCUGGUGGUGGGAGCGGGAGGCAUCGGCUGCGAGCUGCUGAAGAACCUGGUUCUCACCGGCUUCAAGAACAUCGAAGUGAUCGACUUGGACACUAUUGAUGUGAGCAACUUGAACCGUCAAUUCCUCUUUCAGAAGAAGCAUGUUGGCAAGUCCAAAGCACAGGUGGCCAAGGAGAGUGCUUUGCAGUUCUGUCCUAGUGCAAACAUCACAGCCUACCAUGACAGCGUCAUGAACCCUGAUUACAACGUGGAGUUCUUUAGAAAAUUCAUGCUGGUGAUGAACGCUCUAGAUAACAGAGCUGCCCGUAACCACGUGAACAGGAUGUGUUUGGCAGCUGAUAUCCCUCUGAUUGAGAGCGGCACUGCUGGGUAUCUGGGACAAGUCACCGUUAUCAAGAAGGGGAUGACAGAGUGCUACGAAUGCCAACCUAAGCCUUCCCAGAAGACCUUCCCAGGAUGCACCAUAAGAAAUACGCCAUCUGAGCCCAUUCACUGCAUUGUCUGGGCCAAGUAUCUUUUCAAUCAGCUGUUUGGAGAAGAGGAUGCAGAUCAAGAGGUGUCGCCAGACACUGCAGACCCAGAAGCUGCAUGGAAACCAGAGGAGGCAGCAGCUCGUGCCACAGCCUCAGAGAAGGACGGUGACAUCAAGAGAGUCUCCACCAAAGAAUGGGCCCGCUCCACCGGAUAUGACCCAGUUAAACUCUUCAACAAGCUUUUCAAAGAUGACAUCAUGUAUCUCCUGACCAUGGACAAGCUGUGGAAGAAGAGGAAAGCGCCCACACCUCUGGACUGGAAGCACCUGGAGAAAAAUGUCCGCCCCCAGGAGAGCUCCGCCUCAGGUUUGAAGGACCAGCAGGUCCUGGGUGUCUGGGGCUACUGCCAGAUGUUCCAGCACAGUGUGGAAACUCUCCGCUCACAGUUGAAGGAGAUGGGCGACGGCGGGGAACUGGUCUGGGACAAGGAUGACUCACCAGCCAUGGACUUUGUCACAGCAGCAGCCAACCUGCGUAUGCACAUCUUCAGCAUGAACAUGAAGAGCCGCUUCGAUGUUAAAUCAAUGGCAGGAAACAUCAUCCCAGCUAUUGCCACGACCAACGCUAUUAUUGCAGGACUUAUCGUGCUGGAGGGGUUGAAGAUUCUCUCUGGAGAGCUGGAGUCCUGUCGCACGAUCUUCUUGAACAAGUGUCCUAACCUCAGGAAGAAGCUGCUGGUCCCAUGCAUCCUGGACCCGCCCAGUGCCAACUGCUAUGUCUGUGUCAGCAAACCCGAAGUCACCGUCAAACUCAACGUACAGAAAACCACAGUCCUUUCGCUGCAGGACAGAAUCCUGAAGGAGAGGUUUGGAAUGGUGGCUCCAGAUGUUCAGAUAGAGGAUGGUAAAGGAACCAUCCUCAUCUCCUCUGAAGAAGGAGAGACGGAUGCCAACAACGACAAAUUUAUUGGCGACUUUGGGAUCCGUAACGGCAGCCGUCUCCAAGCUGACGACUUCCUACAAGACUACACACUCCUCAUUAAUGUCCUGCACACUGAGGCGCUAGAGCGGGAUGUGGAGUUUGAAGUUGUGGGUGAGGCCCCAGACAAAGCUCCAGCCCCUCAGACUAACCAGGAGGAAGCUAACAGUAUCACUAACGGCAACAAAGACUCCGCCCAGCCAUCCACGUCCUCGAAAGCUCCAGCAGAAGACGAUGACGUCAUGUUGGUGGACUCUGAUGAGGAGGAAAGCGGGUCGUCCAGCUCUGCGGCAGUGGUGAUUGGGUCCAAGAGGAAGCACGCAGACACAGAGACUGGCGAGACUUCCACCAAGCGCCUGCGGACGGACCCGUCCAGCGCAGAUGCUACAGCCGCUGACAAUGAUGACGAUGACAUAAUCGCUCUGGACUAAAACCCCUUUUGGUCUCUUUUUCAAAGACUAUUUUGAAUUCUGGUUAUUUGAGUCCAGACAGACAGUAGGUUUAAAUAAAACACCUCUUUGAUGAAGAAGAAUUUACUCCCUUGGUUCAUCUGUUGUCAUCUCCCUUCCCCCAUCAAAUGUAUUUGUGUUUUCAUACACACUUUCAGAUAUGAUGCUGUAAAUAGAUUCUACAUUUGAAAAAAAAAAAAAAAAAAACUUCAACUCCUUUUUUUUUUUUUAUUCGUUUAUGACCCUGAAAUACUUCUCUUGUUGGCUUAAAAAGUGCUUCUUUUUUUUGUAUUUUUUAUAAACGUACUGUAUUUCUCAUACUACACCAGUAAGAGUGUCUACAUGCUUUCAGAAGAAUAACAUUUGAGAACCAAAAGAUUUUGUCAUGUUGGAGCGUGGAAGUUCUUGUAAAGGAGGUGGAGAGAAGCCGGGGCCUGCAGCUUGUGCUACUUCAGCCUGACUUGCCUGCAUGUGAAUGUUUUUCAUCUGUGGUGGGCUCUGUGUCAUACAGAGGCACUGAUGGGGUGCCACCAAAGUUUCUGUGCCACAGAGUUAGUUUGCUACCUCUUUCCGGAAGCAUCUUUUUUUUGCAUAAAUCUUUAACCAUACUGUCUGCUCUGUGGCUUCCUGUAAAGCUGCACUGACGGCACUGUGUCGUUCAGAAAGCGUUGACUGGGCUUAAGUAGUUUAGACCCAUGCUGCUAAACUUUAAAGCAGCACAAAGCAACUUCUAGAUUAAAAAAAAAAAAAAAAAAAAUGUUUUUGGUCUACUGGCUCCACAUCUCUCAUGCUCCAUCUCUUCCUCAGUCUCUUUUUCUAUUGUCCUUAUUUUAAUUCACCCCCGCCGUGAUGUCCGUUGUAGCUCUGUGAGCUGGUUUCAUCGUUGCCGGUGUGAUUAAAUUUCUGUGAACCAACUAGCAGUUGUCAAAAGGGACAAAUCAGGACGGGAGUCCAAAGUUACUUUGGCUGUUUUCUGUUCAAAGUGAGGCCAGAGGACGGCAGUUGCCAGGUGACACUUCCUAAAAGCCAGCAAAAAGUCCUUGAAUUAAAAUUGUAACUGAUACUUUGUGCUGCUUCAAAUGUUCUUUGGUGACUUUUAGUAUGACUGUUCUGUUUGAGCAAAAAUGUCUGUUUAAAAAAAAAAAAAAAAAACAAACAGUCCCACAGGUGGCCAACGGUUUAAAUUGAUUAGUUCAGAUUGAUCGAGUUUAUGUGCUUGAAUAACAGAGGAGUCCCUGGCACCAAGUGGGGCAGCUGAGCUCCUGGCAGCUUAAGUCCCAGUAUUUGUCCAUAAUUGUCAUUCUGACUUGAAAGAUUUUGGACCAAUUAGAUGAAGACAAUAAAUUGAACCAUUUCA